AUGAAUGAAGUAUUUUGCACUGCUGAGGAUAUGGGCCUUCAAAUAUUUUACCAGGACUGUGAUAGCAUGCAUAUUUUCAAUGAAGACAUACCAAAGCUCGCAGCAGAGUUUAAGAAGAGAUACGGUCGCGAACUUAUAGGAAAGAACCUUGGUCAAUUUCAUUCUGACUUCGCAGAAAUAACACCUGGAAAACAAAGUUUAGCAUACAAGUCAAUAUUUUGUGGAAAGAAGACCUACAUAGACUUACUCACUAACGAUUUAAAUGAAGUUGCAUUCCAUGCACGUUGCAAAGGUGUCAAACAAGACGUCCUUGCUUUAACAGCAAAUGAAAUGUUUCCUGAAGCUAUACAAUGCUAUUACAAUGAAGAUAAGAACAUUCACAUACCUGUUGGAACAUAUGACAAAGACUCUGAGUUCAGUUUAAUGAAACUUUACAAAGCACUUUAUGACGGUCAAGAGAUUGGAUUUGACUUAUGUAAGUCUUCUAGUCCUUGCUUUGCUGAAAAGUUUAACUUCUCAAUAACGACUAAAACAAGCUUUAUUCGUAAGUUGAAGUUCUGA